AUGACCAUGCUAUGCAGCAAAAGCAGCACUAUUAGCUUUAGCCUGUCUCUGUUCCUAUUCACAACCUCCUUUAUCUCAGCUCACACCAUCACAACUUCUCAAACACUAAGCGAUAACCGUAACGACACUCUCAUCUCAUCCAACGGCGCCUUUGCCUUGGGCUUUUACAGCCCACGGAGCUCCAAGAAUCGCUACGUGGGCAUAUGGUACAACAACAACAUGAGAGACAAGACCGUGGUGUGGGUCGCCAACCGAGACGACCCGCUCCCCGAUCGAUCAGGCGUGCUCAGAGUCGUCCCACCAGGCCGCCUGCUCCUUCUCAACAACUCUACCAAUGCUAAUAUCUGGUCUACUAAUACGUCACGCAACGCUCAGCACUCUCCUCUGGCACGUUUGCUCGACUCUGGGAAUCUCGUUGUGGUGGAUGAAAGCGACGAGAGCAAUAUGAUAUGGCAGAGCUUCGACUAUCCAACCGACACUUUCUUACCAGGGAUGAGGCUCGGUAAGAACUUUGUGUCCGGGCAUGAAGUCUACGUCUCGUCGGCUAGGAGCAAUGAUGAUCCGGCAACAGGUGGUUUCACGUAUCGCUGCGAUCCCAGUGGCUAUCCGCAGACUGUGAUCAAAGAAGGUGACUCGUUCCGAUACAAAGCAGGGCCGUGGAAUGGUGUUAGCUUCAGUGGCACACCGAACUUGGUGAGAAACGCUCUUUUCACGUUUGGAGUGGUGAUCAACGACAACGAGGUUUACUAUAACUUCCAACUCCUCGAAGAUGAUGUGUAUACGAGGUUGGUGCUGAACGAAUUUGGCGUUGGACAGAGAUUGAUCUGGUCUAAUCAGUCCCAAAGCUGGAAACCUUAUCUUGCUUUUCCCAAUGAUAACUGUGAUUCAUAUAAAGUGUGUGGUGCAUAUGGUAUUUGUAGCACUAGAACUUGGCCUGAAUGUUCUUGUUUGGAUAAAUUCAUGCCUGCCAAGCCUCAAGGUUGGAAUGCUGGUAAUUUUUCGAAUGGAUGCAUUAGAAGAACCCCAUUGAACUGUGAAGACGGUGGCAACGGUUUUCUUAAGUAUUCAGGUGUCAAAUUGCCGGACACGGAGGGUUCCUGGUAUAGCACGAGUAUGAGCCUUGAAGAGUGCAUGGUAUCUUGCGCGGGAAAUUGCUCGUGCACAGCCUAUGCAAGUCUGAAUAUAAGCAACGGUGAAAGUGGGUGUCUACUCUGGUUCGGUGAGCUUGUCAACAUGAGAGAGAUUUCGCCCGGACAAGAUAUCUACAUCAGGUUGGCUAAAUCUGAAUUAGGCUCGAGAAGUAGGAAACGAGAAAUAAUUAUAGUGACGUUGUCGGUGGCAACGAGUAUUGUGCUGCUAGGCCUGGGCUUGAUUCUAUUUUAUUGUGUUAGAAAGAAUCCGGAGCAUCAACAACAAGAAACAGACAAUCCGAGGAAUUCUAAUGAAACUUACGAGGAGCAAAAGAUACAAAUGUUUGAAUUAUCCACAAUGAUCAGUGCUACUAAUGGAUUUUCAGUCAGUAAUAAGUUGGGAGAGGGUGGAUUUGGGCCGGUUUUUAAGGGAUUGCUGGAGGGACAGGACAUUGCUGUGAAACGACUAUCAACAACUUCCCUUCAAGGAGCACAUGAAUUCAAGAAUGAGUUAAUCUGUAUCGCCAAACUUCAGCAUCGAAAUCUAGUCAAGCUUUUAGGAUGUUGCAUUCAAGGAGAAGAAAGGAUGCUCGUUUAUGAAUACAUGACCAACAAAAGCCUCGACUUAAUAUUAUUCGAUCAAGUGAAGAGAAGGACACUAGACUGGCCAAGGCGCUUCGAUAUUAUUAAUGGAAUUGCUAGAGGCCUUACGUAUCUUCAUCAAGAUUCCCGACUUAGAGUUAUCCAUAGAGAUCUCAAAGCCAGUAAUAUAUUACUAGACUCAGACAUGAUUCCAAAAAUAUCAGACUUUGGCCUUGCAAGAAUAUGUGGAGGCAACGAAACUGGAGCCAAAACAAGCCGAGUUGUAGGAACAUAUGGCUACAUGUCCCCGGAGUACACUGUAGACGGCUUAUUUUCAGUUAAAUCAGACGUGUUUAGCUUUGGUGUUCUGGUGCUGGAAAUCAUAAGUGGCAAAAGAAACAGAGGAUUCACUCUGGUGAAUCAUUGCCACAACCUUCUUGGACAUGCAUGGAUGCUUUACAAAGAAGAAAGGUCACUUGAGCUAGCAGAUUCUUGUUUGGAAUAUUCAAGCUAUUUAUCACAAGUAGCGCGAUCGAUACAUGUGGGUCUUUUGUGCGUUCAAGAAGAGACGGAAGAGAGGCCAAACAUGUCUUCAGCAGUGCUGAUGCUGAACAAUGAUGGGGUUCUGCCCCAACCAAAACAUCCUGGUUUCUUCACAGGAAGAGAUGUAGUAAUAAGAAGUGAAACAUGGCACAGCUCUAACACUGCUGGUACCGCUAAUGCAAUGUCCAUUUCAAUGCUGGAAGCUCGUUAAACAAAUUCAAACUAAAUAUUACAGAUUAAAUUUGUAUAAUUACAAAAACAAGUAUUUGUGCAUACUUUGGUAGUGUCCCUGUUGUUGGAAUUUGAGUUGAAUGAAAAAUGUAAGAUUAACAAUUCCAAGCUAA